CUUGUCGCCACUGUUUACUGAACGUCAGAGGUGUUUGUGUUUAGGGGGACGAGUUAGACGGUAACACCAGUCACACACGCAGGUGGCUUCCGGGUUGUGGAUAUCUUGUUGGUUGGAGCGUUAUGAUUUUCGCGGAGUUUGUGCGGAUGAGAGAACACUGGAGUGGCCAACGCGGAAAGGAAACCUAUCCCUAAUAACCGCUUUGUCCUGGUCACGGUCACAGUAGAUCUGGAGCCUAUCCAGGGACGUGGAUAAAAAGGAGAACACGGAGAAAAGAGAAACACGGACAAAGAACCCGGGGAAGCCCAUGCAGACUGGGGAGAACAUGUAGAGAAACUCCACAUAGACAGUAACCUGAGCUCAGGAUUGUGCUGUUACCCCCUACACCACCAUGUGGAUUUGUCAUUAUGCUAACAUUGGCUACAUCUGCUCAGAAUGAGGGCCUGCUGGAGUGUGUGAAAGAAUCUGUCCAUAGUGUGCUGAAGUUAGUACCCCGUGGACUGACUUUAGGGCCCUCUCUAGCUAAAGAUGGGCAAAUGGGGUUGUGGUGUGUUGGAUGGGCCUUACAGACUGGAACUCUUCUGGGGCUGGAAGAGCCAGACAAAGUGCCAGAAAAAGAAGAGACAGCCGAAGAGAGCAGAUGCCUAAAAGGAGCUAAAGGACGAGUUUCAGACAGAACAUACUGGAUGAGGUUUGCUUGUAGUGCCCCAAGUGAAGAUCAAAGGAACGUCACGGUGCAUGAGGUGGAUGGAAAACCGUGUUUCAGGACCUGUAAGGACAUCAGCCAGGGAACAGAGCUCCUAGUCUGGCCAGAAGAUCAGAAAAUUCUGAAGGAACCUGUGAAGAAUAAUGUAGUGCCCAUAACAGAAGAACUCUGCAAACAGGAAGAACCACAGAGGGCAAAAGAGGAUGAGUCACUAAAGCCUGGUUAUGUAAAGCAGAGCUCUGAGGGGGAAGCAAAACAGGUGAAGGAUAAACACUCAGUCAGUAAUGCAGAAUGGAAUGUACUGGAUUGCAGAGAUAGUCAUGAAAAAGAAGUGAUGGAUAUGUAUGGUGCUGAGAGGCUGGCGAGCAGUGCUGGAGCCUCAGCAGUGGAGCUAUUAAAACCACCUGAGCAGCUUCAAGUGGCUGUGAGAGCCAGCUGUCGUCUAGCCAUGAAACCCCGCAUAGUACACUCACUAAGCAGCCGUUUAAUCAAGCAGUCGCAAGGGCAAAGAAGUGGGAUUGCCACACAUGUUACCAAAAACUCCCAGACCAAACAGACUACAACUGAAAAUGGAAAAGAAAGCCAAGAGAUCUCUGUCCACAAGGAGAAUGCUAACUCAGAUGAUGAGCCCAGGGAAGGGUCUGUGCAUGUGCGAAGAGGAAAAGAGGGUUCUCAAGACAUCGAGAAUCUACGAGAGCGCAAGUACAAGUGUGAUGAAUGUGGAAAAAGUUUCUUCCAGCUUUGCCACUUAAAGAAGCACAAGCUCACACACUCUGAGUUGAAGCCAUAUGCUUGUACAGAGUGUGGAAAGCGCUAUAGAUCCAAGGAGAGUUAUCAUGCCCACUUACUCUUGCACAGUGGGCAACGACCUUACAAGUGCCAGCAUUGUGACAAGGGCUAUGGUCUGAAACGUGACCUCAAGGAGCACCAAGUGCUACACACCGGCGAGAAACCGUUUGUGUGUGAUAUGUGUGGCAAGGGUUUUGCACGGCGGCCUUCUCUGCGUGCCCACAGGGUGGUACAUGAGGCCAAAUGGGUCCCCAGGAUCAAAUGCCCAGAGUGCAACAAAGAACUUGCCAACCAGAACUCUCUUAGGGCCCACAUGCUCUUGCACACAGGUGAACGGCCGUACGCAUGCCCGCACUGUGCCAAGUGCUUCCGCCAGCGCUCCAACCUGCAGGGGCACCUGCGCCUCCACACAGGCGAAAAGCCCUAUGGGUGCCCGCACUGUGAGCUCCAUUUCUCACAGGCACCCGAGCUGAAGCGGCACCUGAUUUGCCACACGGGUGAGGCAUACCUCUGCCCUGUGUGUGGCAAGGCACUGCGGGACCCACAAACACUGCGGGCCCAUGAGCGUCUUCAUGCUGAUGACAGGCCCUAUAAGUGCCAGGAUUGUGGGAAAGGGUAUACAAUGGCAACCAAGCUCCGCAGGCACAUGAAGUCACACCUGGAAGAAAAGCCACACAAGUGUGAGAUAUGCGGAAGCAGGUACACGUUGUUGCAAAGUCUACAGCGCCACCUCAGAGUACAUGCAGGUCGGAUGGAGGCCGGGCACACAGUGCCAACUAGGGGGCGACCUAGAAGAUCAAGCCAUAAAGAGAGCGAGCAAUGGGAGGGUUAUGGAAGGAAGCAGAAAAAGGAGCAAGCUGUGUUUUUUGUUCACAACCUACAGGAAACCAGAAUGACAACUCGCUCUGAAGAAGUUGUUGCAGAAGCUGAAGAAGGUUUGGAACACAUGGAACUCAGUCAGGACAUUAUAGAAAUUGUUGUGUCCACUGACAGUAAUAAGUGCAUUCUGGUUCAAGCACAGGAUGCUAAUGCUGAGUGUAUUCUUUUACAUCAGCAGGAUGCUAAUGCUAAGUGUAUACCAGUGGAGAACCUGGACAAGAGUACUAAAUGUAUUGUUGUGGAAGAGCAGGCCGAGAACAGUAACGUGGUUGUAAUACAAGGUCACGAUGAACUAAACUCGGUGGCAGAGACCGUUGAAAUAGAGACGGGAAUUGAUGACUGAAUAUAUUGAAUAUGUUGAGUUUUCUCGCUGCUCAAAGGCUUGCUACCACAUUUCAUUAGAAGGUUAUUCUGAAAUGGCAGCAGUUGUGUUAAAGACAUUAGUAAAUAUUGACUCAUCUGUACACUGAACCUUGUGUCAUCACUGUUUGUGCCAGGUCUGAGCACUGUGUACAAGACAAAUCUCUGCUGAAAAAUGACUUUGUAAGUAACAUUGUUAGUGUUCCAACUAUUACCAGUUUUGUGGGCUUUUUUCAGAAUUAGUAGAAUUAAUCAGGGAUUUUAUAUUUAAAGAUACCACCCAUCAUGUAUAGUAGAACUCAAGGAGGCGCAAAUGAGGCUGUAUAAAAAUCUCAGCUUGUAUCUCUACCUACUAAUGUUUGUCAAUUUAUUGAAUCUUCUUCAUGCAAAUAAAAAAAGUGUUGCCUUGUGCAGCAGAUUUAAUCCCAA